AUGAAAUAUUGGCCCCUAUCAGCUUUGGACCAGGACAGAACCUCCCUACAGAAGGUGAAGAAAUCAGUCAAGGCUAUCUACAGUUCGGGACAAGAUCACGUCCAAAAUGAAGAAAACUACGCCCAAGCUCUGGACAAAUUUGGCAGCAAUUUCAUCAGCCGUGACAACCCUGACCUGGGCACGGCCUUUGUGAAAUUCUCCUCUCUCACCAAGGAGCUGUCUGCCCUACUGAAGAACCUGCUCCAGAGCCUGAGCCACAAUGUGAUCUUCACCUUGGACUCGCUGCUGAAGGGUGACUUGAAAGGCGUGAAAGGGGAUAUAAAGAAGCCCUUUGACAAAGCCUGGAAGGAUUAUGAAGCCAAGUUUACAAAGAUUGAGAAGGAGAAACGAGAGCAUGCCAAACAACACGGGAUGAUCCGCACGGAGAUCACUGGAGCAGAGAUCGCAGAGGAGAUGGAGAAGGAGAGGCGCCUCUUCCAGCUCCAAAUGUGUGAGUACCUGAUCAAAGUGAAUGAGAUCAAGACAAAGAAAGGAGUGGACCUCCUUCAGAACCUGAUAAAGUAUUACCACGCACAGUGCAAUUUCUUCCAAGAUGGCUUGAAGACUGCAGAUAAGCUGAAGCAGUACAUUGAGAAGCUGGCAGCUGAUCUCUAUAAUAUUAAACAAACUCAGGAUGAGGAGAAGAAGCAGCUGACUGCCCUGCGAGAUCUGAUCAAGUCCUCCCUCCAGCUGGACCAGAAGGAGGACUCCCAGAGUAAGCAAGGUGGAUACAGCAUGCACCAGCUGCAGGGCAACAAGGAGUUUGGCUCUGAGAAGAAAGGCUACUUACUGAAGAAGAGUGAUGGACUGAGGAAGGUGUGGCAGAGGAGGCAGUGCUCAGUGAAGGGGGGCAUCCUCACCAUCUCCCAUGCCACGUCUAACCGGCAACCAGUCAAACUCAACCUCUUGACCUGCCAAGUGAAGCCCAGUCCCGAAGAUAGGAAGUGCUUUGACCUUAUUUCUCAUAACCGGACAUAUCAUUUCCAAGCUGAGGAUGAGCAGGAGUUUGUGAUCUGGAUCUCGGUGCUGACCAACAGUAAGGAAGAAGCCUUGAACAUGGCGUUUCGUGGGGAGCAGAGCAGUGGAGGGGAGGACGGCUUGGAGGACCUGACCAAGGCCAUCAUCGAGGACGUCCUGCGCAUGCCUGGCAAUGAAGUGUGCUGCGACUGUGGGGCUGCUGAUCCAAAAUGGCUGUCUACCAAUCUGGGUAUUCUGACCUGUAUUGAAUGCUCUGGGAUCCACCGUGAGAUGGGUGUUCACAUCUCCCGCAUUCAAUCUAUGGAACUGGACAAGUUAGGGACCUCAGAACUCUUGCUGGCCAAGAAUGUAGGGAAUAGUAGUUUCAAUGAGAUCAUGGAGGGAAACCUCCCUUCUCCUUCACCAAAGCCCAAUCCCUCAAGUGACAUGACAGUGAGGAAGGAGUUUAUCAACGCUAAGUAUGUGGACCACAAGUAUGCGAGGAAAACAUGCUCAUCUGCGGCAGCUAAAAUGAUUGAGUUGUUUGAGGCAGUUCAGUCCAGGGACCUGCUGGCUCUCAUCCAGGUCUAUGCAGAGGGGGUGGAGCUAAUGGAACCACUCCCAGAAGCUGGACCGGAGGUUGGAGAGACAGCACUGCACUACUCUGUAAGGACUGCUGACCAGACCUCACUGCACCUGGUGGAUUUUCUUGUGCAAAACAGUGGUAACCUGGAUAAGCAGACGGAGUGGGGGAACACAGCCCUACAUUACUGCUGCAUGUUUGAGAAGCCUGAAUGCCUCAAGUUACUCCUGCGGGGCAAGCCAGCCACGGACAUCACCAAUCAGAACGGAGAGACUGCGCUGGAUGUUGCCAGGCGACUGAGGAACACUCAGUGCGAGGAGGCACUUGUGCAGGCCGCAGAGGGGAAGUUCAACCCCCACAUCCAUGUGGAGUAUGAGUGGAGCCUCAGACUGGAGGAGAUGGAUGAGAGUGAUGACGACCUGGAUGACAAGCCUAGUCCCAUUAAAAAGGACCGGUCUCCCAGGCCCCAGAGCUUCUGCCACUCCUCCAGCCUGUCCCCCCAUGACAAGCUCUCUCUGCCGGGCUUCAUCAGCCAGAGAGACAAGCAGCAGCGCCUGUCCUACAGCGCCUUCACCAACCAGAUGUACAGCGCCUCCACAGACCUCAGCUCCUCCCCUGUGGCAGACGGACCCCCACUGCCCCCCAGGAACCAGGGCAAAGCUCCACACUUGGCAUUCCUUGGCUCUCAUUCGCACUACGCCACACUGGCUGGCACUCGACCAUACAUCACUCCACCCCCAUCCGGCCCUCCCUCUGCACUCACCCCAGGAGGCAGCUCAACCCUGUCCAAGAAGAGACCACCGCCCCCCCCUCCUGGACACAAACGUACCCUGUCUGACCCACCCAGCCCGCUCUCCCACAGUCCACACAGUAAAGGGGGCUUAACUGGGGGAAGUGACUCUACCCCUCCUCCAGUCACCAAGAUGUCACCUGUGUCUAAUAAAUUUGAAGGCAUUCCUCAGCAGCAAAGCACUACUUCAAGUAACACAAAAUCUACACUUGGUCCGAGGGUAUUGCCAAAACUACCUCAAAAAGUGGCAUUGCGGAAGAUAGACACUAUACACCACCCAUCAAUGGAUAAGCCCAGCCUUCCUCCAGAGGUCUUCCAGAAGUCUCCACCAGGAAAUGACACUCCCCUGAAGGCCCCUCUCCCUGACAGGCCUCAGCCUGGAGAUCUGCCCCCUAAACCGCAGCCAUCAGAGCUGCCCCCUAAACCUGGAGAACUUCCCCCCAAACCUCACCUGUCGGACCUGCCACCCAAGCCCCAGCUGGGUGACCUACCGCCCAAGCCCCAGCUGAAAGACCUGCCUCCCAAACCGCAGCUGUCCGACCUGCCUCACCCUAAAGUGGGCCCGUCCGACUCUGCUCCUAGGCCAGACACAGUACAGAGGCCCCAGACUCAGCCUCCACCCCCUCCACAGCCACAUCCACAAGCUCAGCCUCAAGCCACCUCACCAGCACCGCCACAAGCCACGCCCAGCCCCCAGCUCACACCCCAAGCCACACCCCAAGAUUCACCUUCACCCAAUCAGCAAGUGGCAAUUGUGCCCUCCUCGCCACAGUCUGCAGAAGACACUAAUGGAACCCCAGCUGGAAUGGCCGAAACUCCAGUGCCCCUUCCUCGAAAAAUCAACACACCAGGGAAGAGCAAAGCACGUCGAGUGAAGACCAUCUAUGACUGCCAGGCUGACAAUGACGAUGAGCUCACAUUUGCUGAAGGAGAGGUGAUCAUAGUGACAGGUGAAGAGGACCAGGAGUGGUGGAUUGGCCACAUUGAAGGAGAACCUGAGAGGAAGGGGGUGUUUCCUAUGUCUUUUGUGCACAUCUUGAGUGAUUGACAACCAGAAAGACUUGCACUACACCUCUCACUGAGUUUGGAGGCCCUGUAAAUAGCUAUUGUAACACCCAUCGCCACAAGACAAGUGUCCUAAAGAAGAAAAAACAAGCAGAAACCCAAUAAGGCUCAUCUCGCCAUGGAUAUCCAGUCCAUGCUGUACAAAGAAUGUGUGUAUUCUUCCUCUACCAGUAUUAUCUUAACCCUAUAGCACGGCUGUGACCAGGCCUCAGAACCCUAGCACUUACCUAAAGUCUAUGUUUAUGCUGUUACUGUGUAUAUAUGUAUGUAAAUAUAUAUAUUUGUGUGUGAGUGUAUAUACAUGUUUUAUUGUACAAAACAUGUACCAUUUUGCUCUACCUGUCAGACUAAGCAUCAGGGCAGUGGAGUUUGAAUUUUAUCUUAAUUUUAAAGGCCCUCAAAUAAUUAUCAGCUUAUAUUUCUGGAAAAAGAAAAGGAAUGUGAACUAGGUCAUGUCAUUUGUGUCUUGCAUCCCUGUUUACCACCACAAUGAAAUUAAGUGGCAGAAGUCUCCUACAGACCCUCUCAAGAUGAAGAUUUCAUUAAAUGUACUCCUUGUUCUUGCUUGCUUUGUGUGUACACGUAUUAUGGUUGUUUUACAGUAUAAAAACCUGCUGCUAUUGUGUGGUGGAAAUAUCAAAGCCUGUGGUUCACUGUAGGUCACUAAUUUACUCCUUGUUACACUGUCCACUGUUCGUAUGCUGUGUGCUGAGCUCACACCAUCCCCGCAGUCCAACUCUGUGCAUGGUGUAACAAUGACUGGAAGUGAGUGGAGUGCUGCAUACAACACGCUCACCUCAGGGUCUGAAGAGCCACUGAAAGCGGGACUACCACAAGUAUCCUGUUAUUAAAGCCACUAUUAGUCAUUGUCAAGUAUGGAAAAGGACAACUUAGCAAUAACUUUAUUUUCUAACAGGCUAGAAAUAUUAGUGUACACAGCAUUGUAAAACCUCAUGAGCUUGAAGAUUUUAAUCAUGUAAACCAUUCCAUGUUACUGGACUUAGCACAUUUCCACUUUGCCUGUGAAUCAGGUCUGUACUAGGUUGGGCUUGUAAAGGCUGAAGAGCCAUGUAUUUCACCCAAACCUCACUGACUUGCAGUUUUUCCCAUGUAAGGAACAAACCCAUUGUAUCAUUAAA